AUGGCACCAACUCACAUCUUGAUCACAGGUGCAAAUCGUGGCCUGGGACUAGGACUUGUCAGGCGCCUCCUUGAGCAACCAGACCAGACGGUCAUUGCCGCCAGUCGUAAUCCAGAGAAUCCAACGAGCAUCGCGCUCGCUGAACUACCCAGAGGCCCAGGCAGCCGUCUGAUCGUGAUUAAAUACGACGCCAGCAUUGAGCGGGACCCCUUUGAUGUCGCCAAGAAGCUCACAGAGAAGCAUGGUAUUAAUCAUCUCGACAUCGUCAUCGCCAACGCUGGUAUUGCAAAAAGUUAUCCUGCGGUCAAGGACGUCCAUCGCGCCGAUAUUCUAGAGCACGUCGAGGUAAACGUGUUGAGCGCAGUGUCACUGUACCAGGCCACGCGCGACCUACUGCACAAUUCGACCGGUAAUCCCAUUUUUGCUAUCAUGGGUUCAGGCGCUGGUGCAUUGGGGCGUCAGCCUCCCGUCCCGAGUGCUGUGUAUGGAGCAUCCAAGUCCAUGGUGCACUGGUACGGUGUUCGGAUCAAUUCUGAGGACGCUUGGCUCAAUACUUUUGUAUUGGACCCGGGCUGGGUUCAGACCGAUAUGGGAAACACGGCUGCGCAAGGCUGGGGUAUUGAGUCGGCGCCGGACUCGAUUGACAAGUCUUGCGAUGGCAUGGUGCGGGUACUUUCAACGGCUACCAAGGAGAAGUUCGGCGGCAAGGUCGUACUGUAUACAGGUGAGGUUCAGGCUUGGUGA